AUGCCUGUCCUUAAUCUAAAGUCAGACUUAUCCAUUAGAAACCAAUGGGCUCGUCAGCACAUCAAGAGAGCCAUUAGACAGGACUGGAACGCCCUUCUUGAUCACAGUGAUGAUUCCUCCGAGUUAGGUUCCCUUCCUCAUAUCCCCGAGAAGUCUGAGCUCCCUCUUGCCCCUCCCCCUCAGUCAUCCGCUCCUCAUGAUCAUGAUGAUCAAGAGCCUCGGGUCAUCAAGAUCGGUGUCAUCGGUGCUGGAGCAGCUGGCUUGUUCACGGGUCUAGUCUUGGACUAUCUUAACAGCGAGCUGAAGAAGGGCUCUAUCCCUCUCUCUUUUGAGUAUGACAUCCACGAGGCGGCUGGGCCAGAUCGAGUUGGAGGUCGCCUGUUUACUUACAAUUUUGGUGGUCAACGUGAUACUCACGACUACUAUGAUGUUGGCGCCAUGCGAUUCCCCGACAACCCAGUCAUGAAGCGUACAUUCGAGCUCUUUGGCAAGCUUGGCAUGGAAAAGACGGACCUAAAGACGAACCCCAACGCCCCGGAUGGUUCUCUCAUUCCAUACUAUAUGUCGCCUAACGAACCCAACACUAACCCCUGGUGCUACAAUGACAUCAACGUUUGGGGCGCUUCUUAUCAGAAUGUUCAGACAUCUGCCGGCACUGUUGACCCGUUUCAGCUUGAUACCGAUAAAAGUAUCGACCAUAGGCUUCUCACAGUUGGACCAGAUGAGGUUGUAAAAGCCAACAUUGAGCCACUUCGUCAAGCUCUGAAAGAAGAUGCCGAGAAGACUCCUCCUGGCGACAAAGGCUGGAAGAUGCUGAUGGAAUACGAUACAUACAGUACUCGACAGUUCUUGGGAACUGCGAACCCGAAUGUGAAACUCCCCAAGGACAUCCCUCCACCUCCAUAUAACUAUGAGACCAUCGAGUGGCUCGAGACCUUUAACGGAGGAACGGACUGGUAUGACCAAGCUCACAGCGAGACUGUCCUCGAGUCCCUUGACUUUGAGUUCAGCCCUGGAACCAAGUGGUUUUGUGUGCUCGGUGGCGCCCAACAGCUCGCGAAGAAGAUGGAAGACAAAAUUGUCAGCAAACCCAGUUAUCACAACCCAGUCGCUGCUAUCCGCGCUUUGGGUAAGAUGGACGUGAGGCUCGAUAUUGAGUCUAGUAAACGAUCUGAGUAUCGCCAGUACAAUGCUGUUGUGGCCACUACUACUCUCGGUUGUCUUGGCCGCAUGGACACUCGUCAAGCUGGCCUCAGAUAUCCUGUCAAGCAAGCCAUUCGCUCUUUGGGCUAUGGCCAGUCCUGCAAAGUGGCCAUCAAGUUUAGCCACGCUUGGUGGAUUCACGAUCUCAAGGACUUCAACAUUCAUGAGGCAGGUCUAGGCCACUCCGACCUCGCGUUGCGAACUUGUGUCUAUCCUUCUUACAACAUCUAUGACCCCAAGACCAAGACAGCUGUUCUUCUGUGUUCUUACACCUGGCAGCAGGACUCUGAUCGUCUUGGAUGUCUCAUGUCGACAAACAAGGACCACAAGCAGAAGGUCGCUGAUGAGCAAGCCCUCAAAGAGCUUCUGCUCCGAGAUCUGGCUAUCUUGCAUAGAAACACCCAGAUGGGUGAAGAUGAGCUAUACAAGCUCAUCAGUAAGAGCUAUGUCGAUCACCAUGCUUACAGCUGGACUGAGGACCCCAACACUGCUGGAGCUUUUGCGUUCUUCAGACCCCAGCAGUUCAGUUCCAUGUGGAACAGAGUAAUCCAGCCAUCUGGCGAUGUCAUAAUUGCCGGUGAGGCCUCAAGCCCCCACCAUGCCUGGGUGGUCGGUGCCCUUGAGAGUGUCGUUCAUGGACUUCACUCCUGGAUGGGCACCAAUAUCACUCUGGUUCCCGAGCUGAAGCAUGCCAGGGAUAUAUUGGAGAAGGAUCAACCCGGAAACCCGUUCGUCGGUCUCCCUCCCUACAUGGAUGUUAACAUCUCGAACUGGCACGCUGUUAUGGGUGUCGUCAAUCGAGACAAGCAUCUAGAGAAACUAGGGGGUUCUGACAACAGCAAUCUGCUGUCCACUGUGCUUUCGCACUUCGAUGUCGAAGUUUUAAAGAAGGACAUUGCUACUUGA